GUCUAUAAUGGAAUAUUUAACACAUAUCCCCAAGGAAAAUGCCGCUGGUGCCACGAAAUCAAAGUAUGAAGGGCUUUCAUAUACCCAUCCGGUGAAAUACUAUGACUUUCAUAUUUAUUAUGUUCACCAUAAUGAGGAGUCUAGAACUGAAUCGGACAACCUUCGCCAACGUCUUUUAGACGACUUUGCCAUUGAAGGUAAAGAAGGUGCCAUAAUUGUUAAGAAAUUGCCAAAUGAUAAGGUCAUUGGCCCACAUAUCACGCAUUUCUGGGAGGUUGACGUUGUGCGUCCAGAAGUUUUCAUCAAGUUGUUAAGUUGGUUCCAACUUUAUCAUGGGAAUUUAUCGGUACUUAUCCAUCCUAACACGGGUGAGCCUCUCUUGGACCACACCGAUAGAGCCUUGUGGUUAGGACCACGAUUACCAGUGUUGCCACAAGUAUUCACACCGGGGGCUACCGGGAUCCCAGAGUAUGGGGUGAGACGAGGGAAAACCCUUACACCCGACACUUUUGAUCAACAUGAAAGUUCAUAUCAUGAAGAUUCAUAGAUACUAUCAUUUACAUUUAUAUAGAUAUGGAUAUACUGAUUCGGAAUUUUUUCUAAUAUAUUUUAUAUUUCCAUUCUACAUGUAUUGAUUCAAGACCACUUUCCUCUUUAUUAUCUAAUUAUUUGAAAACUUGUAAUCCGUAUU